AUGGUUUUUAAUUACAAAAUAUUUGCAGAAACGAGUUGAUUCCCUUUAUUUAUUUUCUGCUGGAAGUUACAAUGGCAAUGGCACAAUCACCAUUGGACACCGAUAUUCAAGAGGGUUUCAUAUGUCCAGUUUGUUAUAAAGAUUAUCGUUCAUCAUCAAAUUUAUUUUCCCAUUUUGUGGAGCUCCACUCCGAAGAACAAGAUUUGUUGAAAUCCAUCAAAGACCUUGUGGGAAAAGCGAAGAAGAGAAUAUUAAAAAUUGACGAAAAGGAUUUGGAAUUAUUCAAAAAUGAAUUAUCCUUGCAAGAGUUUCACUGGGAUUAUAUAGAACCUCAGGAACCUGGUGUAAGUCGUAAGCACACCGAUUUUUUUAAAAUCGUUCGAAGAGAACGCUUAGAUCAUCGUACCAGCGAAACGAAUCGCUUGAUUAUAAGAUUAGACAAGUUAUUACAUAUUAAUGGGUCCGAUCGCAAACAACAAGAGCAGGAGUUAGUUACAUGGUUAGAUGGUACAGCAGUAUCUCGUUGUCCUUCGUGUGCAGCAACAUUUAAUAUUACAAGGAGACAGCACCACUGCCGUUUGUGUGGGAGUGUCAUGUGUAACUUGUGUUCUUGUUUCCUUUCGUGUGAUGUUGCUAAAAUGAUUGUAACAAACGUCUACACCGACCGUGAUAACUCGAGCAGUAAAGUUGAAGAUAAUAUAAGACUGUGCACCCAUUGCAUGAAUAUGUUAGAAAGUCGUAAUCAAGUGCAGAUGAUACAAGGAAAUCAACCUCUUAUAUGUCAGCUAUAUGAUCGUUUGCAAAAAACAAAAAUUGAUUUACAAGAAUCCAUAAAUUUAUAUGAAAAGAUGUGUAAUUCAUUAAUGUCCAGUGAAGAUACUUUCCACCUAAAAGAUGCACAAUCACUUCGAGCUUCUAUCGCACAACAGGCCGAGGUUCUAGAUAUCAUUAGUAAACAAAUUAUGUCAAUUAGUUCUGAAGAUAAUCAACCGAAACUAUCUCUGCUAAAAAAUGCAAUUCGCCAGGCAACUACUCGAUAUAUUAAGGAAUACUUGUUGGUAUUACCUAAUCCGGCUGAACUGGACAAAAUGAGAAAAAAUCGGACAAUAAAACAUUUGCAAGCUGUGGAGCUACCUAAGCCUGUGAGCUUAAAGAAAAUUGCGGUUACCACGGGUUGGUCCCCGGAAAAUUUGGCUGUUCAACAGUCUGUGACCGAUACACCAAAUGAUCCAUUAGAAGAACAAAUUAAGAUUGUUCAAAAUUAUAUUGAACAGGCGAGAUCGGCUAAUCGAUAUGAGGAAGUUGUAUCGCUUGAAGAAAAUUUGAAGUUUCUAAAAGAAGCUUACCGAAUGAACCAGAUUCAUUCUGAUAUUAAUGUGUGAUAUUUGUCUAGCUAGAUUAGUUUUAUUUAUUUCUGAUAUGGUAUACCUACUUAAUAUAUUAUGUAUGCAUGCAGCCUUCUAAAUAUUUUGGUUCAGUGCUAAUGCAAGGAGUUUCAACUAAAGCUGGCAAACUUCGCAUUGAAACCUCAUGUUGAUGUCUAUAAAAAGAAAAGUUGCUAAUUUCUGUAAUUUAUUAAACAAACACUAGAUAUA